AUGAUUUGUUUUAAUAAACAUUUGAAAAGGAUAGCGGUGCAGGCGUACAAUUAUAGAAAUAUUAGUUAUUCCCCAAAUUCUGUUGUACUUGGAAUAGAAACUUCUUGUGAUGACACUGGCUGUGCAGUUGUAGAUAGCACAGGUUCUAUACUGGGAGAGUCUUUGUAUUCGCAAACUGCUUUACAUAUAAGAUACGGUGGCGUGAACCCCGUUUUUGCACAUGAGUUACACAGAAAUAAUAUAGAAAGUGCUGUAUCAGAUGCCCUUCGAAAUGCAGGGAAAAACAUUAAAGAUAUAGAUGCUAUUGCAGUAACUACUAGACCAGGCUUGCUUUUAAGCCUACAAGUUGGAGCAAAAUAUGCUAGGUACCUGUGUAGAAUACACAAUAAACCUAUGAUACCUAUUCAUCACAUGGAGGCUCAUGCUUUAGUAGCAAGAAUGUAUCAUAAGGUCCAGUUUCCAUUCUUAGUCCUACUUAUAUCUGGUGGCCACUGUUUACUGGCACUAGUUAAAGAUGUAGAUAAUUUUGAGUUGCUUGGAAAGAGCAUAGAUAAUGCUCCUGGGGAAGUUCUUGACAAAGUUGCUAGAAGAAUGAAAUUGAGAAAUAAACCUGAAUAUUCUAAAAUAUCUGGAGGACAAGCAAUAGAGUUGGCAGCACAGAGGUCUACAAACCUAAGUCAGUUUGAAUUCCCUCUUCCUUUGGCCAAAUAUAGAGACUGCAAUUUUAGUUUUAGUGGCCUAAAAGAUUCUACCAUAAGAAAACUUGAAGAAAGAGAAAUGGAGCAUAAUGUGAUGGGUGAUGAAUUAAUACCAGAAGUAUAUGACCUUUGUGCAGCAUUCCAGCUUGCUGUUGCAGAGCAUAUAGCUCAUAGAACUCACAGAGCUAUGCUUUACUGUGAAAAAUAUAAAUUGAUAGAUCCUAAAAACAGAGUUGUUGUAGUGUCAGGUGGAGUUGCUUGUAAUAAUUUCAUAUUUAAAUCUAUUGAACAUGUUGGAAGUGAAAUGGGCUACAAAACAUAUCGUCCACCUCACAAUGUUUGCACAGACAAUGGUGUUAUGAUAGCUUGGAAUGGAAUUGAGAAACUAAGAAAACAGAUUGAUAUUAGGACAGACUUCAGUCUCAAAGAAGUAGAGCCUGAAGCACCUUUAGGUAAAGAUUCAAUAAAUAAAGUUGAAACUGCUAAUAUCAAAACAAGAGUAACAAGAUUAAAAAAACUGUACAACUAUUUUUAUUUUGUUUUAUUUAUACCUCAAGGCAUGGCUUACGUGUUAUGA